AUGAAGUUUCCUUCUGUUAGUUCUGUCGCCUUUUUCCUGGCUUUAACCACCACGGGCUUUGCGUUUCCUCAUAAACGUGGUGAAUUAAAACGCGAUGCAAAUGCCGUACCUUCUUACUACAAGUCUUACGACGAUUAUGAUAGCUAUAGCUAUGGCUAUGGUGGUGAUUAUUAUAAACGUGAUGCUGCACCCUCUUACUACAAGUCUUACGACGAUUACGAUAGCUAUAGCUAUGGCUAUGGUGGAGAUUAUUAUAAACUCUUACGACGAUUAUGA